GUCAUAUGUAAAGUCAGAUGUGCCACUGAACUUGACAAACACAAAAUUCUACUGCAUUUGGGUUUUAUACUGGCAAGCCUCCUCUUCUUAGCAGUGAACUUGACCUGUGCAAUGCUAGUUCAUGGAGAUGUCCCAGAAAACCAGUUGAAAUGGACUGUGUUUAUUCGAGCAUUAAUUAAUGAUAGCUUGUUUAUUCUCUGUGCCAUCUCUUUAGUUAGUUACAUAUGCAAAAUUACAAAAAUGUCAUCAGCAAAUGUCUACCUCGAAUCAAAGGGUAUGUCUCUGUGCCAGACUGUCGUCGUCGGCUCUGUAGUUAUUCUUCUCUACUCUUCCAGAGCUUGUUAUAAUCUGGUAGUGAUCACCAUAUCACAGGAUACAUUAGAGAGUCCAUUUAAUUAUGGCUGGGAUAAUCUUUCAGACAAGGCUCGUGAUGACGGAAGUGGUGGAGACUACAUCGUCUUUGGAAUGGUCCUCUUUCUGUGGGAGCAUGUACCAGCAUGGUCGCUGGUACUGUUUUUCCGGGCACAGAGGUUAAACCAGAAUCUGGCACCAGCUGGCAUGGUAAGCAGCCACAGCUACAGCUCCCGAGCUUUCUUUUUUGACAAUCCAAGACGGUAUGACAGUGAUGAUGACCUGCCAAGACUGGGGAACUCUCGAGAAGGAAGUGUAUCAAACUCACAAAGUUUGGGCUGGUACGGCACCAUGGCAGGGUGCAGCAGCAGCACGUACACAGUCACGCCCCCACUGAAUGGACCUGUAACGGACACUGCUCCUUUGCUCUUUACAUGCAGUAAUCCAGAUAUAAGGAAUCACCAUAGCUUGUAUGUAACUCCACAAAACUGAGGGCUUUCCCCACAGCAGGAGUCUUGAACUGGUUUUCAUGAAUGUGUAUGUGUAUUCAACAUCUUUAAAAGCAUCUACAUCAACAUUGCAUCAUCUAUUGCAACUAGCAAAAUCUGGAAAUACAGCUGUGUUUCGUGGAGAACCUCAAAACACAGCUGUUCAUUUUGACCUCUGCAUAGUGAAAUUCGAAGUUUGGAGGAGAGAGACUAGAUGCUAAGGUACUUGAUGACCUCAGAACCUCCUAACUUUGAAUGUCCAACGCACAUUUGCAUAUUUGCACUUUUACCUGUGUUCAGAAAGAAUACUCUGCAGUCCCCAAAGCCACACUCGAGUAUUCACACAGAACAGUAUUGUACACCAGAUGUGAAGGCAGUUUUUCCACAAAAAUCAAAACCUAGAAAUUCAGAGGUGUACUCUACAUGGAACCCUUACUCAAUUACAGCUUUCACGUGU